AUGCCCCUUCUUGAUGUUGUUGCUACAACAAGCUUCAACACAACAUUUUUUGCAUGCUUUGUAUUCCUUAAAGAUAAAAAAAAAGAAGAUUAUGAAUGGGUGUUAAAUCAUAUAUUUUCUUUAUUCAAUGGAAUAGAAAAACCAAAAGUCGUUAUAACAGACCAGGAAUUGGCACUUAUAGAUACGAAGAGUUUAGUAAAGUCAAGAACAGAGAGUGAUUUUGAAGCUCAAUGGACAGAGUUGUCGAUGUCCGGAAUAGAAGGUGCCCACGCAAUGUUAAAGAAAUAUUUACAAGUCUCAACUGGUAAUUUACAUACCAUGUAUGAAAAAAUUUUAUUAUUACUAGAAAACCAAUACAAUGAAAUUAAAGCAAUGAUCUCCAAGGAUAAAACCCAUAUCCUACAUACACAAAAUAUUUCUUUCUAUAGCCGAUUAAUUUCUAAGGUUUCUUUGUUUGCUUUAAGACGAAUUCAUGAGCAAUAUCUUAAAGUCUCUUGUGCAAUAACAAAUAAUCCUCUUAAACCCUGUAAUGUCGGUUCACAAAACAGGAGUACCAAGGUUCAGGCCUCUACUAAAAGGGACCCAUCAGCUUUCAAGUUAGAAGAAACUAGGCUAAAUGGCAAAAAAUGUGGU